AUAUGCAAACUAGAAGAGAUGGUGAAUUUAAAUGGAUAGCACAUGCCAGAGAUCAUUUUUUAAGUUUUUUCUGGGGCCGUAUUCUUACUGAUAAAUAUGCAAAUAUUAUUAACAAUCUCUCAAAACUCCGGUCAAAUCUUAAAAUAAUCCAUGAAAAGCCGAGAAGACCGCAAACCCAAGGUUCUGUAGAGAGAGCAAAUUUU